CUCUGUAUUUUUAUCAUGGAGGAUCUAUUUGGGUUCUUAAAAGAGCAGCUUAUAAAGUAUUACAGUUAUUUUUUAGUGUUUUAUGGCUCAUCAGUAUCUGAAUGUUGGAGGUCUGACUCUUGACACCCCUAUGAUCAUCUGUUUGCAGAAGCCAUAGUGCUUUGACUCUUGAGGAGUUCAUUUACAUCAUGAAGCUCCCACAAUGUACCCAGAAUAUAAAGAAGGAGACACAGGAGGGUCUUCAUCACUCAGCUAUCCUCCAGCAGACAGUGUGUGAACUAUAUUCUAUGCUAGGAAUUUAUGAAGGAUCCCAGAUGGGGAAGAUAAUGGGUCAAAACAUAACGAACGUUACAAUCUCUAAGACUAACAAGGAGGACAAACCGAGGAAUCCACUCAAAAGAAAAAAUCCUGAUGAUGGACAGAAUGGAUGUAAGAAGCCCAGACUAGAGACAAUGCCUUCUGGUGCCCAAUCCAGAAAGAAAACCAUCUACAGUAAUGAGCAGAUCAAGUUCCUUCAGAACCAGUUUGACUGUAACCCGUAUCCAGAUUUUGUGAGCAAAUGUCGUAUGUCUCAGAUCACAGGGAUCCCAGAACCCAAUAUACAGGUUUGGUUCCAGAACAGAAGAGCAAGAUAUCUCUCAAGAAGAAAUCAAAUCCCGAAAAAGAAGAAACCUACAGCUCAAAUCCUUCUUGAUGUUUAUGAGAAGCUUCCAUCCAUCUCCAUGGAGGAUAUCUGGAUGUAGUGAGAUAC